GCCGCAGCUGUAUAGUUCUUGCUGAAAGUGGCUGGUUCCCAGUCUCGUAGUUACCAGACCCAUAAUCAUUCUGUAGGCCGCCUCCGCCAAAGCUAUCCCCUCCUCAAGCACAAGACAUGGCCGACCAAAUCGAGAAGGCGUACCAAAAGCAACACCUCUUCCAAAACACGAAGGCUCGUGCCGGGGGAAAGAAGGUUUCUACAAAGGAAAAGCGUUGGUUCAAGGACGUCGGUCUUGGAUUCAAGACCCCCGCCGAGGCGGUCAGUGGUAGUUACAUUGACCACAAGUGCCCCUUCACUGGUGAUGUCUCGAUUCGUGGCCGUAUCUUGACUGGCCGAGUUAUAUCCACCAAGAUGAACCGUACUAUUGUUAUUCGACGAGACUACCUGCAUUACAUCCCGAAAUACAACCGUUAUGAGAAACGACACAAGAACCUUGCUGCCCACAUCUCGCCUGCCUUCCGUGCGGAUGUUGGUGACAUUGUCACUGUUGGUCAAUGCCGACCACUUUCAAAAACUGUCCGCUUCAACGUUUUGCGAGUGUCGAAGAGCAAGGCAGCAAUCAAGGCUUUCGGCAAGUUCUGAGGAGUGGGCUCUGUGGUUGAGCUGUGGAGGUAUUUGGCCUAUUACAUAUGUCUGUAUUGCUGUCUAUCCAUGCCAUAAUGAAUGCACGAGACCUGGGAUCUUCGUUAUGCACGUUCGCAAUACAUGUUUUUCUACAUUAGUGUGGCUGUGAGAUAGAGAUAAACGUGAUCGUGAACAGUUGAACCCGGGU